CCACCUCUAUCGACUGAAUUCAGUCGAAUCGAUACCACCAGCACACAACAGAGACGAGAAGCGGAAGCGGAGAACGUUCCACUCGCACACUCACAUCACACGCUCGCACGCUUCACAUCACACCACACACAGCCACGAUGAGUUUGAAGCAGUGGGUGUCGGACGAGCUGCACAAUGUGCUUGGCUUCUCCGACUCGACGGUAGCGGAGUUCAUCAUGGCGUCUGCAUCCAAGGCGUCGUCUGCGGCGGCAAUUCUGGAUAUCCUCGAAGCCUCUGGCGCUGUUUCAAACCAACAGGUUGCCCGCACGUUUGCUCAAGACUUGUGGUCGCGAUUGCCAAAGGCGUCAUCUGCGUCGUCAGCACGCGCUCGCGCACAGGAGCGCGCAGCCCUCGAACUCCAACGCCGCAACAAGAGCUACGACCUUGUUGAUGACGAGGCCGACACUGAGCCUGCUCAGCGACCAGCACAACAGAAGAAGGACAAGAAGGAGCGACACAUUCGCAAGCGGACAAAGGACCUUGGGGAGGAUGAGGAGGUGCAGCUGGCAAAGAAGUCGGCCAGGCACGCGCGGGCAGAGGAGGAUCCCGAGGAGGAGCUCAAGCGCCUCGAGGAGGAACGGCUGCGGGAUCAGGAGGAGAGGGAUGCACUGGCAGAGCGACUGCGGCAAAAAGACAAGGAAAAGACACGCAAAAUUGCCAUGGCGAGCUCGGGCAAGGCGCUGAAGGAGGCGACGUCGCGCCUGGCGCUGGAGAAGGAAGACCGGGAGAAGGUGAUGCCCAAGCUGCGCGACGAGUCGUGGAUGACAUACAUGAAAAAGCGCGAGAAGGACAAGAUUGAUGAGCUGCGGCAGAAGAUUCGAGACGAGGAGUACCUGUUUGGAGACCGGCUGACGGCAGCGGAACAGAAGCGCCUGAACGCGCUCAAGGAAUCACUCAGACUUGCAGAGGAACACCAAAACCUCGACAAGAAGCUCAACGUUGAGCACUAUGAGAUGCCAGAGCAGUACGUCAACGAGCGCGAAGAGAAAUGGGACAGAAAGAAGCAGGAGGAGGUCCUAAAGCGAAGGUACGAGGAGAACCCUGAUGAGCACGUGCAUGGCAACCGGGAGCAGAUGCAGUGGGAGGAGGACCAGAUCAAGAUGGCGCACAUGCACACGGGGGCGCGGGACCGGGCCAAGUACCACGAGAAGAAGGAGUACGACUUGGUGUUUGAUGAGGAGCUUGAGGACACGUUUGUGCUCGCUGCUGUCCAGGCGCAGCAGGGCGACGAGGAUGAGGAGGCUGCACCGAAGGAGACGGAGGCGGAGAAGAAGAUGAAGUCCAUUCAGGAGGUCCGCAAGUCGCUCCCCGUCUUCAAAUACAGAGAACAGUUCCUUGAAGCGGUAAAGGAGCAUCAAAUCCUGAUUAUUGUUGGCGAGACGGGCUCUGGCAAGACGACGCAGCUGCCGCAAUACCUCGUCGAGGCCGGCUACUGCAAAGGCGGAAAGAAGAUUGGGUGCACGCAGCCGCGCCGCGUUGCGGCCAUGUCUGUCGCCGCGCGCGUGAGCGAGGAGAUGGGGACGAAGCUUGGCCUGGAUGUCGGAUACUCCAUCCGCUUUGAGGACUGCACCUCCGAGAGGACCAUCCUCAAGUACAUGACGGAUGGUAUGCUGCUGCGCGAAUUCCUCGGCGAACCGGACCUGGACUCCUAUUGCGCCAUGAUGAUUGACGAGGCACACGAGCGCACCUUGCACACAGACAUCCUGUUUGGCCUGGUGAAGGACAUUGCGCGGUUCCGGCCGGACCUGAAGCUGCUCAUCUCCAGCGCCACGAUGGAUGCGGAGAAAUUCUCCACCUACUUUGACGACGCGCCCGUGUUCCGCGUGCCCGGGCGGCGGUUUCCUGUUGAGAUUUACUACUCAAAGGCGCCGGAAGCGGACUAUCUUGACGCAGCCGUCGUCACCGUUCUCCAGAUCCACCUGACGCAGCCGCUGGGAGACAUCCUCGUCUUCUUCACCGGACAGGAGGAAAUUGAGAGCGCAAAGGAGAUUCUUGACGAGAAGGUGCGGCGAUUGGGGUCGCGCAUUGCCGAGCUGAUGGUGCUGCCCAUCUACGCCAACCUGCCGUCCGACAUGCAGUCCAAGAUCUUCGAGCCAACGCCCCCGGGCGCACGCAAGGUCGUGCUGGCCACCAACAUUGCCGAGACGUCGCUCACCAUCGACGGUAUCAUCUAUGUCAUCGACCCGGGAUUCUCAAAGCAGAAAUCGUACAACCCGCGGACGGGCAUGGAGAGUCUGGUGGUGACGCCGUGCUCGCAGGCGUCUGCGGACCAACGUGCCGGCCGCGCUGGUCGUGUGUCCGCCGGAAAAUGCUUCCGGCUGUACACGUCCGUUGCAUUUGAAAACGAGAUGGAGCCCAACACCGUCCCCGAGAUCCAGCGCACGCACCUCGGCAACGUGGUGCUGCUGCUGAAGAGUCUUGGCAUCAACGACAUCAUCCACUUCGACUUUAUGGACCCGCCCCCCGCGGACACAAUCAUGCGUGCGCUGGAGCAGCUGUACGCGCUCGGCGCCCUCAACGACAGGGGCGAGCUCACAAAGCUCGGCAGGCGUAUGGCAGAGUUUCCCGUCGAUCCAAUGAUGUCCAAAAUGCUCAUCGCCUCGGAGAAAUACGGGUGCGUUGAGGAGAUUCUGUCCAUCACCGCGAUGCUCAACACCGGCGGCGCCCUCUUCUACAGACCAAAAGACAAGGCGGUGCAUGCUGAUACGGCGCGGAAGAACUUCCACCGCCCGGGCGGCGACCACCUCACGCUCCUCAACAUCUGGAACGAAUGGCAGGAGACCCAAUACAGCACCCAGUGGUGCUUUGAGAACUUUAUCCAGCACCGCUCGAUGAAACGCGCGCGCGACGUGCGGGAACAGCUGGAAGGACUGAUGGAACGCGUGGAGAUUGAAGUGUCUUCGAACCCACUGGACAACAUCUCCAUUCGCAAAGCCAUCACCUCGGGGUACUUCUACCACACGGCGCGGCUGAGCAAAGGCGGCGUGUACAAGACGGUGAAGAAUCAGCAGAGCGUGCAGAUUCACCCGCACAGCGCGCUGUUUGAGAAGACACCGCGGUGGGUGGUGUACCACGAACUCGUAUUCACGACCAAGGAGUACAUCCGGAACGUGAUUGAGAUUGAGAACGCUUGGCUGCUUGAGGUUGCGCCGCACUACUACCGCGCAAAGGAGCUGGAGGACAUUGGAUCGAAGAAACUGCCAAAGGGCAAAGGCCGCGCAGCUGCAUGAGAUUGAUGUUGUGUGUAUCUGUGCGUGUGUGUGUGUGUGUGUAUGUAUGUGUGUGUGUGUGUGUGUGUGUGUGUGUGUGUG